UUCCAGCCAUUAUACCUGCUCAUGAGACUUUGAGAACAUUACAAUGUCGCUUUGUGGCUCUUCUCGCAAGGAGUUUCCUCAGAUAUUACCCAUUCAAGACAUGGAUAUCAAAAACUCACCAUCUAGCCUUAAUUCUCCUGCCUCCUACAACUGCGGUCAAUCUGUCCUUCCCCUGGAGCACGGCCCCCUAUAUAUACCUUCCUCGUAUGUGGAGAGCCACCAUGAAUAUUCAGCCAUGGCAUUCUAUAGCCCUGCAGUGAUGAAUUACAGUCUUCCCAGCAGUGUUGAUAACUCGGACGGUGGACCUAGUCGACAGACCACAAGCCCAAAUGUGUUGUGGCCAACUCCUGGACACCUCUCUCCGUUAGCAAUCCAUUGCCAGUCAUCACUUCUGUAUGCAGAACCUCAAAAGAGUCCUUGGUGUGAAGCAAGAUCAUUAGAACACACCUUACCUGUAAACAGAGAGACACUGAAAAGGAAGAUUAGUGGGAACAGUUGUGCCAGCCCUGUUACUAGUCCACGUUCAAAGAGGGAUGCCCACUUCUGUGCAGUCUGCAGCGACUACGCGUCGGGAUAUCACUAUGGAGUCUGGUCGUGUGAAGGAUGUAAGGCCUUUUUUAAAAGAAGCAUUCAAGGACAUAAUGAUUACAUUUGUCCAGCUACAAAUCAGUGUACAAUAGAUAAGAACCGGCGCAAAAGCUGCCAGGCCUGCCGACUUCGGAAGUGCUAUGAAGUGGGAAUGGUGAAGUGUGGCUCCCGGAGAGAAAGGUGUGGGUACCGCAUAGUACGGAGGCAGAGAAAUUCCGAGGAGCAGCUGCACUGCCUGAGCAGAGCCAAGAAAAACGGUGGACACGUGAGCCGAGUGCAGGAGCUGCUGCUGAGCGCCCUGAGCCCAGAGCAGUUGGUGCUCACGCUCCUGGAGGCGGAGCCGCCCAACGUGCUGGUCAGCCGCCCCAACACACCUUUCACCGAGUCCUCCAUGAUGAUGUCCCUGACCAAGCUGGCGGACAAGGAGCUGGUGCACAUGAUCAGCUGGGCCAAGAAAAUUCCGGGCUUUGUGGAGCUCAGCCUGUACGACCAAGUACGGCUCUUGGAGAGCUGCUGGAUGGAGGUGCUGAUGGUGGGGUUGAUGUGGCGCUCCAUCGACCACCCUGGCAAGCUCAUCUUUGCUCCAGACCUCGUUCUGGACAGGGAUGAAGGGAAAUGCGUGGAAGGAAUUCUGGAAAUCUUUGACAUGCUCCUGGCAACAACUUCAAGGUUUCGUGAGUUGAAACUCCAACACAAAGAGUAUCUCUGUGUCAAGGCCAUGAUCCUCCUGAACUCCAGUAUGUACCCUUUAGUUUCAGCAACCCAGGAUGCUGAGAGCAGCCGGAAGCUGACUCACUUGCUGAAUGCCGUGACCGAUGCUCUGGUCUGGGUAAUUGCCAAGAGCGGCAUCCCCUCCCAGCAGCAGUCCGUCCGCCUGGCUAACCUCCUAAUGCUCCUUUCUCACGUCAGGCACACCAGUAACAAGGGCAUGGAGCACCUGCUGAACAUGAAGUGUAAAAACAUGGUCCCCGUCUAUGACCUGCUGCUGGAGAUGCUGAAUGCCCACACGCUUCGUGGGCACAAGUCCUUGGUCACAGGGUCCGAGUGCAGCCCAGCGGAGAAGAGUAAGAGCAACGAGGGCUCCCAGAACCCCCGUUUCAGUGACGCCCAGCCCUGAGGUGAACAGGCUGCAGAGGUCAGCGGCUGAAGUGUGAACACCAGUGAGACUCGUGAGCCCCAUUGGGAGUGGGUGGGCUUCGUCCUUCUGUCUGGUCCCUCCUUUAGUUAUAGCAGGCUCAGUGACACACCAUACUCUGCCGCCUCCAACUCCCUACUUCCCCGGAGUCGGGGUGAGAAAGCCAGUUUUCCUUGUGUCUAGGGGGCGCGUUGGAACGCAGAGUUUAUGUCUUGCUGGGCCUCAUAGGAUAUCAGUGUGGUCCCUUUCUCACUUUCCACCUCUGUUCCACCCAUUUGGAAAACAGCUCAGAGGUUUAGGAAUGAAUGGUGGAGAUCUGACCUGGACGGCUUAUAAGGCAGAAAGGGGAGAGAAUGUGGCACUUACAGGAAGUGCACUAACCUUUAUUGUGAGACCUAAAGCCUUUUAGGAUAGAUCUUUGUAAGCGCUCUCUGGACCAUGAUUGUAGGAUUGAAAAACCACGAUGACAAUCAACUGUGUUUCGCCUACCACACAGGCCUGUGAGAACUGAUUUCAGGACUAUUAUACUAUUGAAGGACAGAGGGAUUAUGACCUAGGGAGACAGUGGUCAAGCCGGGAUGAG